AUGUCGUCCCCGCAGACCCAAAACCUGUUGACGCUGACGAGACACGAAGAGUACUAUAUCUCUUCUGCCGAUCUAUCGAUCCUGGUGGAGCAAGUCCAGUUCCGGGUCCAUCGAUAUUUUUUCGAACGCGAGUCGGCGUACUUCCGCAAGGAACUGACGACGCCCGCGUCGCCUGGUGUCGUGCCCCAAGGCUCGAACGACUCGAAUGCGAUUAUAUUAGAGGGAAUCACGCCUGUUGAGUUUGCGAAGUUUUUAUGGGUGUUUUAUAACCCCCGGUACUCACUCUACCACGCCCCCGUGUCUGACUGGGAGAUCAUCCUCCGGUUCGCGAACAAUUGGCGCUUCCCCGAAGUCAAAAAACUCGCCGUGCGCGAGCUCGAGAAGAAGGAGCUCGGCGACGUGAAGCGCAUCGCGCUGUACCACGCCAACGCCGUCGACCGGAACCUCCUCGUGCCGCGGUACGCUGCGCUCUGCGCGCGCCCCGAGCCGCUGACGCUUGAGGAAGGGAUGGCGCUCGGCAUGGAGACGACGUUGAUGAUCGCGGCGGGGCGGGAGGAGGCGCGUUCGCGCCUGCCAAGUGGGGUGAGGAGCCCGCUUGAGCCGACGAUAAAGGGAGCGGACCUGCAUGCGGCGAUUCGCGAGCUGUUUCAGAUCGCACCGACGGAGGUGGCGGAUAAGUUGGAGGUGGAGGUGGUGGAGAAGGAGAAGGAGAAGGAGACGGCGGGUGCUAGCACUACAGGUGGAUUGAAGAAGGCGAAAGAGGCGGACAAGCCAACGCAGGCGCCGCCAACACCACCGAAGGCGAAACCGGCGCCAGACGAAGACACCGCCAACCUCCACACCAACGCGGGGAUCCCUCAACCACCGCCAGCGCAACAACAGGCGCAACAACAGCAGCAGGGAAAGAAAAACAAGGGAAAAAACCAACAGUCGACACCAGCGGACAAAAAGGCGGCAAAGGCGGCGCAAACGCAGGCAAAGACGGAGAAGACACCGACGUCAACACCCCCGUCCGAGGCGGCGGCGGCAACAAGAACCGCAAGAAAGGAGGGCGGUGAGGGUGUGGUUCCCCCAACUCCUGCUGUGGGACAGCAGGAGGGGCAGGUACCAGCUCAGGCGGAGGCGGAGGCAGGGAAGGAGGGAGAGGUGAAGGAGGGAGAGGCGAGGAAAGAGAGCGGGCCGGAGGGUGCGGAUGAGAAGAAGGCCGCGGAGGCCGAGGUGACGGCUAACGGAGACGCAGAGGAGGCGAAGGAGGAGGUGAAGGAGGGAGAGGACAAGACGGAUGUACCACCGAGCGCGACGGCUGAGCCUGCGCCUGGAGACACUGCGACAACUACGACCACGACAACCACGAAAGACGAAACACCAGCUACUAACGACGACAAUAAGACUACCACCAUCACCAACCCCAUUCCUAGCCCAACCGACACUACGACUAAAGCUACCACCAGCCCUACUGCCGCUCAACCUCCCAGUCCUAUUGCCAAAUCUCCUAUUAACGCCACUACCCCGUCCACUACUACCAACACCAACGGCAAUACUAAGAGCAACACCACCCCUCCUCCAACAUCCGAAUCCUUGAUCGACCUCUCCAACGGUUCCGGCCCAACCUCAAACGGAGGUGGUCCCGGUGCAGCUCCCUCACAGGACCCUCUCGACCCAGCAUCUCCUCCUCGUCCACCGCCCAAGCUCGACACCCACACUGCCCGGCCCUACAGCCUCGCCAGCGCCAAUUCGGUCAACCCUAACUCGGCGAACCCUAAUGCUAACGUGAGCUCACCGAGCCUGCUCGGCGAGAUCAGUGCGGGACUGGGAUUCGGUUCUAUCUGGGGCCAGUCGGGCAAGAAGACGAGCGGGAGUGGGGGGACCUUUGAUUGGGGGCUUGGGGGCACGUAUCCCAAUUAA